UGGUGGAAUUGCGACUGGGCCGCGCGAUGUCCUAGGAGUUAGGAGCGGUUCCGACAUUGGGUGUAAACCCUUGAAGAAUUUGAAUGGUAAAAUCUGUCAGAUAUGUGGCGAUACUGUUGGAUUAACAGCCACCGGUGAUGUUUUUGUUGCUUGCCAAGAAUGUUCCUUCCCACUUUGUCACCGUUGCUAUGAAUGUGAGUGCGAGAAUGGGAACCAAUCUUGCCCCCAGUGCAAGACCAGAUACAAUAGUCACAAAGAUAGUUCCCAUUUGGAGGUAGAUGAGGAUGAUUAUGAAGAUGAUGAUGAUGUUGAUGAUAUAGAGAAUGAGGUAAAUUAUGGAGAAGGAAACAUUAACAAAGCAGGGAUGCAAUGGGAAGAAGAUGCUGAUCUCUCUUCUUCGUCGGGACAUGAUUCUCGGAUGCCAAAUUCAAAUCUCCAUAUCACAAAUGGGCAGCCGCUAUCUGGUGAAAAACCGUGUGCUACUCCUGAUACAAAAUCUGUUCAAGCUACAUCUGGUCCUUUGGGUCCAUCCAAGGCUAACUCACUUUCCUACACCGAUUCAAAGCAGCCAGGUCUUGAGAGUGAUGAAGAGGUCAGAAGAGUGCCAGAGAUCGGAGGUGAAUCUGCUGGACCUUCAGCUUCCCGUCCAGGCGCCGGUCCAACUGGUGGGAAAGAACGUGGUCAGGGGACUGGGGAUGGUCAACGGAAGAGAGGCAGAAGCCUGGCGGACAAAGAAAACAAACGGCUAAAGAGGCUACUGAGGAACAGAGUGUCAGCUCAACAAGCAAGGGAGAGGAAAAAGGCAUAUUUGAUCGAUUUGGAAACCAGAGUCAAAGACUUGGAGAAGAAGAACUCAGAGCUCAAAGAGAGGCUUUCCACUCUGCAGAAUGAGAACCAAAUGCUAAGACAAAUAUUAAAGAAUACAACAGCUAGCAGGAGAGGGAGCAACAGUGGUACAAAUGCUGAAUAAACUUGAUAGCAAAUACAGCAGAGAGAGAUAAACAAGAGAAGUUAAUUCUAAUGAUUCUUUGUAAGGCACACUGAAGUACCAAAAUUACCAACUGAACGAUCAUGUAUACUCAUGGAAGAUAAAAAACCGUCCGAGAAUGUUUUGAUUUGUUUAACAAGUUUACUCAAAAGGGACAUUUCUGUUAGGAACAUGAGUUUCUAUUCUUCAAUAGGUUUGAUACUGUGACAUGAUCGGUAAUUUUGGUACUUAAAUUGAUUUGUUGGAGCAUAAAACGGCUUGACAAGCUGGCGAGUUCCCACCAAUCGAAUAUGAAUCUAAUCAAAAAUAUAUUUUUCUUUAUCA